AUGGCGCCGUCUAAUUACACCGUCCUCUGCUCCAAGGCCCUGACGCACUCUGACGUCACCACGGAGAUUGCCAAGUCUGGGCGCCUCGUGCUGCCCAGGGCCCAGGUCUUUAUGUAUGACAUGAGCGGCAAAAUGUGGCGUUUCCAGAUGAAGACCUGGCACAAUGUGGUGGCCUGCGGUGGCCGAGCUACUUACGUUCUUGAAAACACCGCCGGCUUUGUCCAGGAGUUUGGGCUGCAGCCUGGGGCCUGGCUGGCCAUCUGCGAGCAGGAGGGGCGGCUGGCCUGGGCUGCCUCGGCGCCCAUGUCCCACUCCGACGCGGGCAUGGCGCUGUGGACGCUGACGCGCGUGCCCUCUGGCCCGGCACCCGCCUCCGAGGAGCGCACCGGUGCGGAGCUGGCGCGCGCCCUCCGCAUGGUCUGA